AUGAAUAAAUUUGACUAUUUCCAGCUACGAGACGGACUGUUAGAGACAGAUCCCCUGUUGGGAAGGUACUGUAGCACCUCUGAACCCGCCCCUAUCAGGACGACAGGCCCCGUGGCCCAGGUCAGGUUUCACUCUGACGAGAGCCUCAGUGACAGGGGCUUCCACAUCACCUACUCUGAAGUGGACGGUCCAGUCACCUGUGGUGGAGACUACACCUCCGGCAAUGGCGUCAUCAUCUCUCCCAACUACCCCAACCCUUACAACCACAAUGACCAGUGUAUAUGGACGGUCACUGUGCCAGUCACAGAGGUCAUCACACUGACCUUUACCAACAUGGACCUGGAGGCCCACUCCAACUGUCAGUUUGACUAUGUGGAGGUGAGGGACGGAGGCAAUGAAUACGCAGACCUUGUAGGUCGUUACUGUGGCACCCAGCUCCCAGCCACAUUCGUUUCCAGUAUCAACAGACUCUGGGUGAAGUUCAAGUCUGACGUGUCCAACAGAGGGUCAGGGUUCAGAGCCACCUGGAAUGUGGCAUGUGGCGGCAGGUUCACCACCCCCACAGGCAGCCUCCAUUCCCCGUACUUCCCUGGUAACUAUCCCAAUGAGAAGGAGUGUAUCUACAUCAUAGCACAGCCCAGAGGGACCAGAAUUACUCUCACAUUCCAGAACUUUGAUAUUGAGGCAGGGAACAAUGAUAACUGUAAUUAUGAUUACUUGGAGGUACGAGAUGGUAGUGGCCCAGAAGCCAACCUUAUUGGACGCUACUGUGGCAAUGCUGUGCCAGCACCAGUGACAUCUAGUGCCAAUAAUAUGUGGUUAAAAUUCAAGUCCGAUGGCUCUGUACAAAACCAUGGCUUCCUGGCCACAUAUGAAACCACUGACACAGGGACAGAUUGUGGCGGUAGUCUGACCGGUCAGGCGGGGUCAUUCCACAGCCCUGGUCACCCCAAUGUCUACCCCCACGGGGUCAACUGCACCUGGACAAUCACCGUCGACCCCGGAUAUAUUGUCCGGCUGACCUUCCUGACUUUUAGCAUGGAGGCUGAUGCUAACUGCCGCUAUGACUAUGUUGAACUUUUUGACAGUGGAAAUGAGACGUCCCCCAUUGGAAAUUCAUUAGGAAGGUACUGUGGCUCCACCAUGCCUCCCGCCAGGCAGUCCAGAGAGAACAGCCUCACUGUUGUCUUGGUAACUGACUCUAGUGUGUCACACGAAGGUUUUGCUGCCAGUUAUGUGGCACUCAAUGGCAGUGUGUCAUGUCACUAUGAGUUAACAGACCUGGUGGGUGUGAUCACUAGUCCAGGGUGGCCAGGUGGUUACCCCCAUCAGAAGACUUGUGAAUGGACCAUCAGUGUACCCCAGGACCACCAGAUACAGCUCAAUAUUACUGACUUCCAGCUGGAGCAACAUGCCAACUGUGACUAUGACUACCUAGAAAUCAGAAAUGGCGGCUACGUGACAUCACCUCUCAUCGGCACAUACUGUGGUACUACCAUAGAUAACCCUAUACGUUCCCAUAGCAACAGAAUGUACCUCAAGUUCAAAUCUGAUGUCUCUCAGACUGCUCCUGGGUUCAGGAUUUUCUAUGAUGGUUCUAGCACAGGCUGUGGUGGUAUACUAACGACACCUAGUGGCAGUCUGACAUCCCCUAACUACCCUGCAGCUUACGGACACAACGCAGAGUGCUACUGGAUCAUACAGGUGGCAGAGGGCAGCACCAUACAGCUCAUGUUCUUGGACUUUGAUAUUGAGGCUCACACCAGCUGUGCUUAUGACUAUGUGGAGAUAAGAGAGUCAGAUGCCAGUGGCGCCAGACUUGCCAGAUACUGUGGCGGGCAGACUCCGCAGGGGGUCAGUUCUAGGACCAAUCAGAUGUGGAUUAAGAUGAGGACAGACUACUCCAACAGUGGCAGAGGUUUCUUAGCUGGCUACAAUGCCUUAUGUAACACAAGACUCACAGCCAGGCGGGGUGCUAUAGAAAGUCCAAACUUCCCCCAGCCGUACCCCCAUGCUAGGGAGUGCACGUGGGUGAUAGAGGCCACCCUGGGGAAUACUGUGAAUAUCUCUUUCUCUCACCUGGAUAUAGAGGCACAUGGCACCUGUAACUAUGAUUAUGUAGAGAUCAGAGAUGGUCAAGACGAGAAUGCGAACUCCUUGGGUAAAUUCUGUGGCCAGAAUGUGCUGCCCCCUGCCAUGGCAUCUAGUGGGCAGUACUUGUGGGUCAAGUUUAAGUCGGACGCCAGUGUGGCCAGCAACGGGUUCAGACUGGAGUGGGUGAUGAAUGGCUGUGGAGAUGACCUGAGUGGUGACACGGGUAGUUUCAGCAGUCCUGGCUAUCCCAACCCCUACCCCCACCGCCAGGUCUGUAUAUGGACCAUCACCGUGCCAACAGGGAAGUCUGUGGAACUGACCAUCAGUGACUUUGACCUGGAAUCUCAUUCCAGCUGUAAUUAUGAUGUACUGGAGGUAAUUUAG